CACAAACGAUGGACGCUUCCUCGGUGGUGAGAUUCUCCCAAUCUCCGGCGAGAUUACCGCCGAAAUUCGAACCAGACAUGGAGAAAAUCAAACGAAGGCUUCUCAAAUACGACGUCGCUCCCACACCUAAAAUCCUCAAAACUCUCCGAAAGAAAGAAAUUCAAAAACACAACCGGCGAACAAACCGCCAAACCGAUUCGGAUCCGGUUUACACGGAUGCGCAGAGACAGUCUAUAGAGGAAGAAGCUCACUUCGAGACGUUAAAGCGCGAAUACAAUCAAUUCACGAAGAAAAAUAGCGGCGACGGUGGUGAUUUGAUCGUUGGGAAUCCAUGGGAGGGAAUCGAGAAGGUGAAGUUGAAGGAGCUUGUUAAUGGUGUACGGAGAGAGAGUGGCGGGAAAGAGAAUCUGAAAGAGCUGAAGAAGAUACUUGAGGAGGAUCUGCGUUGGGUUCUAGAAGACGACGUUGAUGACGUGGAAGUGUAUAAAGAAGAAGAAGAAGAAGAAGAAGAGAAAGGAUUUGAUCCUGUGAAACGGUGGCGUAAUGAAGGAGAGGCAGUUAGAGUUCUCGUUGACAGGUUGAGUAGUAGAGAGAUUAGUGAGAAGCAUUGGAAGUUUGUGAGGAUGAUGAAUCAAUCAGGGCUUCAGUUCAAUGAAGAUCAAAUGCUUAAGAUUGUUGAUCGUUUGGGACGUAAAAGAAGCUGGAAGCAAGCUUUAGCUGUUGUUCGUUGGGUUUAUUCUGAUAAGAAGCGUAAACAUCUUAGGAGCAGGUUUGUAUACACAAAGCUUUUGUCUGUUCUUGGGUUUGCAAGGAGGCAUGAGGAAGCUCUCCAGAUAUUCAAUCACAUGCUUGGUGAUCGUCAGUUGUAUCCUGAUAUGGCGGCAUACCACAGUAUCGCUGUGACGCUUGGGCAAGGAGGUUUUUUGAAAGAGUUGCUGAAAGUAAUUGAGCGUAUGAGGCAGAAACCUACCAAGCUAAUUAAGAGUUUGCGCCAAAAGAACUGGGAUCCUGUGCUUGAACCAGACGUGGUUGUGUAUAAUGCUAUUUUGAACGCUUGUGUUCCAUCACGCCAGUGGAAGGCUGUUUCAUGGGUAUUUAUAGAGUUGAGAAAAAAUGGCCUGAGACCUAAUGGAGCUACAUAUGGACUUGCGAUGGAGGUUAUGCUGGAGUCAGGUAAGUAUGAUCGUGUUUACGAAUACUUUAGGAAGAUGAAAAGCACUGGCGAAGCUCCAAAAGCAAUUACAUACAAGGUUCUUGUAAGAGCGCUCUGGAGAGAAAACAAAAUCGAGGAAGCUGUUGAAGCAGUUAGAGACAUGGAACAAAAGGGAGUUAUAGGAACAGGUUCAGUUUACUAUGAACUGGCGUGCUGUCUUUGCAACAACGGGCGUUGGCGUGAUGCAAUGCUCGAGGUUGGGAGGAUGAAAAGGCUUGAAAAUUGCAAACCCUUCGAGAUAACCUUCACAGGACUCAUAACGGCUUCACUGAACGGUGGUCAUGUUGAUGAUUGCAUGGCUAUAUUCCAGUAUAUGAAAGAUAAAUGCGAUCCGAAUAUAGGAACCGUGAACACGAUGCUUAGAGUUUACGGAAGGAACGAUAUGUUUAUCGAAGCUAAAGAACUGUUUGAAGAGAUUGUCAGAGAAAAAGAGACUCAUCUGGUCCCAGACGAGUAUACAUACAGCUUCAUGCUUGAAGCUUCAGCUAGAUCACUUCAAUGGGAAUACUUUGAGCAUGUGUAUCAGACAAUGAUUCUCUCCGGGUAUAAAAUUGAUCAAACGAAACACGUACCAAUGCUUAUAGAAGCAUCAAGAGCUGGGAAGUGGAGUCUUUUAGAGCAUGCCUUCGAUGCAAUUCUUGAAGAUGGAGAGAUCCCUCACCCAAAGUUCUUCACAGAAAUGUUGUGUCAUGCGACAGCUAAAAGUGAUUACCAAAGAGCAAUCACACUGAUCAACACCGUAGCUCUCGCUUCGUUCCAGAUCAGUGAAGAAGAAUGGACUGAUCUUUUUGAGGAGAAUCAAGACUUGAUUACUCAGGAGAAUCUACAGAACCUCUCUGAUUACGUCCUUGACUGUGAUUAUGCAAGUGAACCAACGGUCUCAAACCUCUCAAAGUCAUUGAAGUCUCUAUGUGAGUCUUCUUCUUCUCCAACACAGCAGCCAUUGUUACCCAUUGAUGUAACAACUCAAAGUCACAGAGAGAAACCAGAAGAAGAUUUGCUUCUUCAUGAUACAACAAUGGAAGAUGAGAAUGAUGUGAAAGGUGAAGCUUGGGAAUUUACAGAGACUGAACUAGAGACGUUGGGUCUAGAAGAACUAGAGAUUGAUGAUGAUGAAGAAUCCAGUGAUUCUGAUUCACUUUCAGUUUAUGACAUUCUGAAAGAAUGGGAAGAAGAGAGUAGUGACAAAGAGACUUAAACUGCUUUGUAAAUUUCUCAAAAUCUUAAUUUACCUUCUUAUUCAUCUCCUCCACAAAAAGAAGAAAGAAAGUCUCAGGUUUUACAGAAUCUCAGAGUUAUGAACAUACAUAUGAUCAAACUGCGGAUUUACACUGCUACUAACCAAAACAAAAAAAGAGAAGAAAGGUAUUGAAAACUUUUUUAACUCAGCAGUGAUGAUGAGAUACCGCCUGAUUGGUAAUGACAUCUAUAUAUAUAUAUAUAUAGGGGGAUGCUCUGUUAUAGAACUUUCCCAUGAUGACUUGUUCUUUUAUGUGUUUACCGAGUAUGAUUACGGAUCCUCAACUUCAAAGCUUUCACGGCUGCUUUAGCAUAUAUCUGAGCAGCUUCAGCUUCGGCUUCUGCUCUUUCCGCCUCUUUAGCUGCUUCUUCAGCCUCUGUGAUUGCAUAUUCUGCUUCCGCAACUGCUCUUGCGGCAGCUUCUGCAGCGUCUUGAGCUGUCAUGCCUUUUAUCAUAAACAUAUCUCCGUCUACCUCCGGGUUUGGUGUGUCUUUUUUGUUGUUUCCUUCCAAGAGGAGUUGGGGAGACUUCUGUCUUGCUCCUACGCUAGUGAAAUUAGUAGAGAACCUGUACUUGUGCUUUAUCUGAAUGACAACAAGAGCCAGUAAGCAUUUGAAAUAUGCUAAUGAAGUGUUUGCAA